AGAUGCAACCGAGCGUGAAACUGGACGCCUUUUUAUACGUCCUAAUCUAUAUUUUUAUUAAUGGAUAGUCAGCUUGAUCCAUCUACCUGUUCUCUUGCCCCAUCCACGUGAAGAAGGGCCGGCUCAACCCAGUCUUGUUAUUGUUAUUCUCCAGGAGAUCGGCUUUAGUGAAGCAGAAAGGGGAGGCGCUGUCUGUUUACGUUAACUUGGGAAGGUCAGGCUGAUCCUGCUGGAUAGCAAAGGCUUCUGGUUCCAUGGGUGCCGCCUGAUGCCCAACAACGAGGAAGAAUAGGUGCUUUAUGCAUUUCUGGUGAGCAUCCAAGUGUUUCUCUCUGUGCUGAUGUCAGGACCUUGAUAUUAUUGCAGGAAAGAUCAGCUGGAGAGCAACACAUCUCUGCUUGGACAGGACAAUCCAGUUUCUCAUCGUCCCAGCCAAUGCGCGUGGCCCGAGAUGUAUCUCCUGUUCUACAUGUGUGCAGGACUGGCGGCAGCUCCUCCUCCUUGGGUCAAUAUUGAAGUCCCUCAGGCUCUGCAGCUUUCAGAGACUCCGCACCUUGCCAAAUCCUCUGUCAUGUGUCACCACGACAAGAUGGCCGCCAUCCCACAGGGUGAUGAUUCACCCUGCAAGUCUCGCCUUGGGUUAGAGCACUCCCUUAGAGCCAGUGUUGCCAAGAUGCAGGUCCGUGGCCCAGCCGUACACUGUGAGCGCGGAGGAGUGUGCAGCGUCACCAUGGGGAGCAGAGUCCAGGUCGAGGUAUCACUUGCAUCUGCUCCUCCAUAUCUUGGCUUAUUCCUCUCCUUGUGUGCCCUCUCUCCAUCUUCUGAUCCUUUCAACCACUCCCAGCAACCACUACUUGCAAAUGGCUGUCCUUUGAAGCCAGAUGUUUCUCUUUUCCUGACUCCACCCACACCUUGCUACACGCCUGCGAAGAACUUCAGUUUCAGGCUUGGGCCCUUCUACAACCACUCCAUACAGUUCUUGCAUUGCCACGUGGCAUUUUGUGUGCAAGACCCUUCCCUGUGCCGCGAUGGAGGCACCAAUAUUCCAAAGUGCCCCAUCCCAGAUGGAACCUGCUCCAGCAUUUCUCCUCCAUUAUUGAAGACGAUGGCCCAUUAUGUUCGUACAGUCACGCAGCCGUUGAUUGUUACUAUUCCUGUAGCAUCUAAUUCUCUUCUGCAACCCAGGGCAGGCCACAAGACAGCACCACUACCUACUCAUGCUGAGCCAGGGGUGCAAGGUGUAAGCAUAGCAGCUGCUGUUGGCGUUACACUCUGUUCCUUUGUCAUUGGAGUGAUGCUGACUGCUGGACUCUGGCUUAUUCACAGCAAGACAGCUCCUGCAUCUCCAGUGAAAUGUGGAGCCACUCAAGAACUUCAGGCAUCAUGUAUCUAACUCUGUUCAGCAAGAAGCUUCAGAGGAGUCCGCUAUCAUGUUAUCAAUAAGCUUCUCUGCACUCUCUAAUAAAUCAUAAUGGCAGUUUUCCCGUUCCUUUCCAUGAUAGUGAUCCUUAGUUGAUCGAUUUGCUUGGUCUGUCGCCCCAAUUCUUUAGUGAUCUGCAUCACGAAUUAUUACAAUUAUCAUACGCACAUUCUCUUUCCUUCUAUCAGUCCGGUGGCAAAUAUAUUGUAGUUAUUCUGACCCUCUAUUGUAAAAUUCAAAGAAGUCACUGAGGCGUUCCGUGACCACUACAAAUUGUCUUAAGACUACUGCUGCCUACAUCAGGGUCAAAGUUCAUUUGAAGUAAAUGCUUUUUAACUUCAACUGUUCAUAUUUCUUAUGAGGCCAGUCUGGUAUCAAGCUGAAUGCCAGCUGAUAUCUUGAGCUCUCUACUCUCUGUCUGAAAUGUUCUGAAUUCCCAAACAACGUUGGUGAUAGCAGCAAGCAGACACACAGGUUCCCAUUUGGUCGGUGUUGAUAACACUUAUGCAGUCCAUAAAUCCGAGGUGGACCUAAAGAAGGCACAGGCAGGACCACUGGUUGGAAAACAAAAAAGGGGACGAGCAAGAAAGACUUCAUGCAGCACAUUCCGAGGAGGACCUACAACUCAUCGGCUUUGGGUGGGAAAGUAUUCAGUCGGACACAAUGAGAGACGCUUUAUUAGUAGAAGAGUGUGAAUGUCUUUAUUAAUACAAGUAUUGUGAUACUAUACAGAAUGUUAA